AUGGAUCUAAAAUAUGCCGGUAGGGAUAUACCAUGGGCACUUCCGUUUGGUGAUCAUUUACAUUCAACAAAUUCAGAAAAUAAUAGUAACGAAUUAAAAACUAUUGCUCAUCGAUAUGGUUUUCAAGCGUUCGACGAACAACUUACAACUUCAGAUACCAAUUCAAAAUGGACGAAUCCCGGCGUUGUCUUUACUGAUAAAACAAUUGGUUCCGAUUUAACUGCAAUUCAAAAUACAGACUUUCAUGAUGAUCAUGGUCAUACAUUUUGCUAUUUAUGUUCAAUCAAUCAACAUAAACAUGAACGAACUAAGCCACGUGAUGAAUCUAAAAAACGUACUCUUACUCCAUAUAAAAAUCCAAAAGCUAGAUUACCAUCGUUCUCAUCAUCCGAUCAAAUAAAACAAAAUUUAUCAUCAGAUUUUAUAUCUUAUCGAUUUAUUGUACGAACAGGUACACAAAAAAAUAGCGGCACACAAGCAAAAGUAUUUUUAUAUUUGUAUGGAACUGAAAGUAAUUGGACAUCAGUUCAUUUACAAAAACAUAGCAAUUUGAAUUCAUCAACAUCGAAUGAUGGUUUUCCAAGUGGUUCUGUUCGAACAUUUUGUUUUAAAGGUCCUAAUAUUGGCCAAUUACAUCAUUUGAAUGUUAAUCUUGUGGGUAGUCGUUCAGAUAAAGAAUGGUUUUUAAAGGAAAUUGAAAUAACUAAUUUAAAUAGUGCCACUACGUGGAUAUGUGAAUUUAAUUGCUGGUUACCUGAACAAGAUGAACAACAAGAAAAUGAAAUAAAACCAAACUCUACUCAUCUACAAACUAAACCAUCAUUAUCAAUGUAUAUUCUACAAAUUCGUACAGGUGAAAAAUCACAUACCGUUAAUAAUGGCAAUGCUCAAAUUAAAAUCCGUGGAUCAACAAAUCGAUCGGGUGUUUUGACAAUCAAAAAUAAUCGAGCUAAUUUAUUUGAACGAAAUCAAUUAGAUACAUUUGCAAUCGUCGGUUCCGAUCUUGGAGAUUUAUUAGAAAUUACUGCUGAAUUAGAUAGAAGUCAAUCAGCAACGGACUGGCAUAUAAAGGAUAUGAUAAUACAUAAAUUAAUACCGGAUGAUGAUCAUAAACAAUCGCAAAUCUAUUUUCCAUUUAAUAUUUGUCUUAGCAGAAAAGUAAAUCAAUUUACAGCAAAGAAAGAAAUUUGUCCAUCAACGGACUACCACUUCAAAGGUCCCAUAUGUUAUCAAGUGACUAUGAAAACUGGUAAUGUAUCUAAUGCUAGAACUGAUUCUGACGUUUUUAUUAUGAUAUAUGGAAAAAAUGGUCGCACAGCUAUUCAUCAGCUUAAUAGUCGAUUGAAUAAUGAUACCGAAAAAAUUACAGCAUCAGAAUUUAUUGUAAGAAAUUUUUUCUCAUUCAUUUUCAACUUUACAAUAUCAGUUUGA